CCCACCAUCCUCGCUUCAGGUUUCCCUGUCUUGGGACUCACUGACCGUGAGCAACAGCUAGCAAAGCAAGUUUGCACUUUCUGGACCUCAGGCUGCUAUGCUGCCUUUUCCUUUUAGGCACUUUGCCACGCCUCUGCGGAGAUGCUGCCAGGCUGCGGGGAGUUUGCGGGCCCAGCAUAGCAAAGCUGCCACCGAGACCGCCAAGGAGACAUCCGGCUGGACCGGGCAGGAGAGCUUGGCGGAGAGUGACCCUGAGAUGUGGGAGCUGGUGCAGCAAGAGAAGGAUCGGCAGUGCCGGGGGCUGGAGCUCAUUGCCUCAGAGAAUUUCUGCAGCCGAGCUGCACUGGAGGCCCUCGGAUCCUGCCUCAACAACAAGUAUUCGGAGGGCUAUCCUGGCAAAAGGUAUUACGGCGGUGCUGAGGUGGUGGAUCGCAUUGAGCUGCUGUGUGAACACCGUGCUCUUGAGGCUUUCGACCUGGAUCCUGAGCGCUGGGGGGUGAACGUUCAGCCCUACUCUGGGUCCCCUGCCAACUUUGCCGCCUACACAGCCUUGCUGCAGCCCCACGAGCGUCUCAUGGGCCUGGACUUGCCUGAUGGGGGCCACCUGACACAUGGCUAUAUGUCUGACGUCAAACGGAUCUCAGCCACAUCCAUCUUCUUCGAGUCCAUGCCCUACAAACUCAAUCCCACAACAGGACUGAUAGAUUAUGACCAGCUGGAAGCAACUGCCCGCCUCUUCCGCCCACGUCUGAUCAUCGCCGGCACCAGUGCCUAUGCUCGCCUUAUUGACUACGCUCGCAUCAAGAAGCAGGUGUGUGAAGAGGUGAAGGCCUACCUGCUGGCCGACAUGGCCCACAUCAGCGGCCUGGUGGCGGCCAAAGUCAUCCCAUCACCGUUUGACCACGCCGAUGUGGUGACCAGCACGACUCACAAAACGCUACGUGGAGCGAGGUCUGGGCUGAUCUUCUACCGCAAAGGGGUCCGUUCUGUGGACAAGAAGACCGGCAAGGAGAUUCUGUACAACCUGGAGGAGAAGAUCAACUUUGCCGUCUUCCCUUCUCUGCAGGGAGGGCCCCAUAACCAUGCCAUUGCUGCUGUCGCGGUAGCGCUGAAACAGGCCAACUCGCCCAUGUUCCAGGAGUAUUGCCAGCAGGUGCUCAAGAACGCCAAGGCCAUGGCAGAGGCGCUGCUACAGCGAGGAUACACUCUGGUUUCAGGAGGCACUGAUAACCACCUGUUGCUUGUGGACUUGCGACCAAAGGGCAUAGAUGGGGCCCGGGCUGAACGAGUCUUGGAACUUGUUUCCAUAACUGCUAACAAGAACACCUGUCCUGGAGACAAGAGCGCGUUGACACCUGGCGGUUUGCGUCUUGGCGCACCUGCACUUACCUCCCGACAGUUCCGGGAAGCUGACUUCCACAAGGUGGUGGAGUUCAUUGAUAAAGGAAUCCAGAUUGGACUGGAUGUCAAAAAGAAAACUUCAAAGCUCCAGGAUUUCAAAUCUUUUUUGCUGGAAGACCCAGAGAUGAAGCAGAGACUAUCAGACCUCCGGCAGCAAGUGGAGACCUUUGCCCGUGCCUUCCCCAUGCCUGGCUUUGACAAACGUUGAGAUUCUGUCCAAGUAGAGAUUGGCUAGUAACGACACCCAGGUGGCCAGGGCAGGCAGGAGGCCAGGUGCUUCUGGUCCUCGUAGCCCUGCCUCAGAGAGCCAGGCAGUGUGGCCCCUUUUUCCAGAUGGGUAAUCUCCUUGGCUGCCUUUUGCUCCUACCAAGACUGAUUUUAGGGUGACUGAGACAACUGACUUCCUUGUGUUUUAUAGCAGGACUAGUCUCUGAGCCGCCAUACACGUGUAAUAUAUUUGUCUGCUCAUAAUGCAAGAUUGAUUGGAGGAAUUAAACUGCUUCACCUUGUUCCCUUGACUGAACCAAAGCGCA